UUCAAAUUUUUAAGAAGGACGGAUAUCUGAGUCAUGGAUUUGCUUUGUCAUCUGUAUCACCAUACAUUGAAAUUUAUUGCAUAAUCAUCACUUCGGAUUUGUAGAUGAUCUCCGAGAGAUAGCCGAUAUUUUUAUGUUGUUUUCCCAUUCAAUUAUACAAUCCUUGAGGAGUAUGUUUUGUCGUCCUCUACAAAUUGCCAUGAUCAUGUUAAUAGACAUUGAUAGGUCUUCGACCUCUCAUUGGGGGUUCUUGUGUAGUCACUUUAAAUAGUACACUUCCCUGUACACUUUUACCUUCCUGUAUAAUUUUUGUUGUAAUUUUUAUUCUACUCUACGUCUUAUCCUCCAUUGCUACUUUUGCUUUCAAUCCACUCGUGACUCUACAAAGUUUAAUUCUUUGUAAAUAGCAACGUGGUUCUUAUAAAAUUAGCACUUUUACUAGGGUAGUAUUGAGUAAUUCAAUACGUUAGUGCUUUAAUAAUUUACCCUCGGUGGCAUAAUUGCCAGUUGAUUACAAAGUUUCAAAAAGUUGUUUUAAUUCACAGUGUACUACUGUUCUUUGGUGAACAACGAUUGUGGUUUAAUAGAAACAAAAAAUUGUACUAAAUUGCACUGCAAUUAUUGAGAAAGAAAAAUAGUAUAUAAUACCUAUAAUUUAGGAUGCGUUGAUCCCACGCCUUUAUUAUUUAUUAAUGCUAUUAAUUCGAUAUUCAUUUCUACUUCUCUAUUAAUUUUUUUUUAUUCAUCUCAGGCGAGUGAAGGAGAGCGUUCCGCAAUACUAUCAUAAUGUUAUUAUGAUCGUCAAGCAGCAUUCGCACAUAUUCGAGACGCAAACUGCUACAUUUGCAUAAUUUCAUUGCUAUGUAUGUAGGUCAGCGGACUUAUUUUAGCACGCACUUGUAUCCUUAUUUAUUUUUUUCUUAAUUUUGUACAUAUAAUUAUUGACUAUUGUUUACAAUUACCAAUUUUCUGUUACAGCCUAUAUAUUAUUUGUACGUACCGUCCGUAACCUCAAUGGAAAUUAUUCCUAGCAUUGUCUAUCGUAUUAUAAGACACUGAUAAGUAGGUAAUAAUGUUCUGAGCGAAGAUAUAUUUUUUCUUUAACACCAGGUAGAAAGUAAUAUCGACGCCACUUGCCCGUACACUGGGAAAACUUAUUAAUGCCGGUACAUAUAUUAGAAAAAUAAAUGAUGAGCUAUUCAUAAUACUGACUGAUGCAAGAACUAAUAGCAACUCACAGCGUGUGAUGCGUACACAGGAUAUAUGUACAUUUAAAUAAAUCAAUUUAAAAUAACAAAAUUUAUAAUAGUUGAGAAAGUCUAUUGUGCAUUGUACUUGUCGAAAUACAAAGAAGUUCAGCCGUAUAGUAUAUCGUGAUUCAUUGUACUCCGUAAGUAUUAGAAGUAAAAAUUUCAAGUCUUUUAUUCUUUCCUUAAAAUUUGAUCGUUAAAUAAAAUCCCUAACAUAGAUUUUAUCUUUGAUUGUUCUUGAAACUUCGCGCUUUAACGGAUACAUCUUGUCCAGCGUGUUCCUCUAUUUCUCUUAAUUAGGUAUUAAGCCAAAGUUGCAUUCGAGUCUGCUGUGUUCACUUUACUGGACGAGUUUUACUACUUACGAAGGAUAUCAAGUUAAACUGUUAAGUAACAAUUAUAAAAGGUGGCAAAGAACCUUGCAUUCGGAUGGCCUUCAUAGUUUUUCUUUCGCUCUUAUCCCAGUGACCAGUCGUGGUCAGUCAGUUUGAAUUGUUCAGUGGUCGAAGUGCCAUCGGUUCGAGAUGACGUUGAGUGAAAAGAAUUAUCCAGUAAUUUAUUUUUGAGCGGGAAAAUUAAAAAAAUUGUUUAUAGACCGUAUGGAGGGUGCGACUUUAAGUGAAAUUGAAGGAAUAUAAUAGAAAUAUAUAAUGGGAGAUUGUGUUGAGUAAGUUGGAAUUUAAAAGCAUUUUCUUUUUCUUUUCUUAGAUAACAUAAAUCGUAAAGUGGAAUUACUUGAAACAAAAGAAAAUACUUAACGGGUAAUUUGCACCUUGAUAAUAUGGGUUCUAUAGUAUCGCUUAUGAUGUAAUGACGAAACGUGUUUACAAAUUCCAGCUAGCGUUUAAUCCACUUCAUUCAUGUAUCGCAAUUAUAAUAUCCUAUAUUCUCGUGAAGUGAUAAUGACUAUUUAAUGAUUGAUCUACAUACUAUAUAAAUUAUGUAUACAGAAGUAGUUGGUUGCGAAGAUAUGUACUGAUACUUUUCUAACUGCUUUUAAAUGUCUUUUCUAAAUGCUUUCAAAUGUCAUCGUGAUAUACGACAGUUUGGAAUAAAUAUUCUGUAUGAUUGAGUAUAAAGUUAUUUCCAUUAUACAUAGCGUCGAUAGAAUGUUAUUUGUUCAAUAAUUCGUAUUGACUAUACCGAUAAGUAAUGUCAACGUCACGUAACAUCAACUUUGAAACUUUACACUUUCGUCUAAUAAGGGUUAUAUUGAACCGGCUAACGUCUACGUCAAGGUUUUGCAUAACAGGGAGUAGUAGGGUUAAAUUCAAUUCCAUAAAUUUAACGUUUCGACGGAAACCCUAAAAUUUCGAAGGUUACUUUCCCAUUUAGUGGAACAGGAUAUUUCUUGUGAAUGAUAAACUUCAUUUGAUAUGUAACAAACAAGCGACAGUAACCGAAAUCAGUGUUGUCGGAUAAAAAUAUAUUUAAAAAAACAAAAGGUACGAGGAAAAGUAUCUUUCGUUCGACCCUACACUCCAUGUGGAACUUAUUGGUCGAUCAUACCGUUAUAUAGGGUCAUUCAACUGAAACUAUCUCCGUAAUCAGUGAACGAGCUUUGGUGCAUACCAUUGAAUAAAAUUUGUCCCUAAACCAGUAUUGGAAACAGCCACUAUCAAUGGACAAUUCCUCCCACACGUUGAGAAUAAUUUUAAUAUUCACGUAGCGUCUAUCAAGUUUAUACGCAGGCCUUCAUUGCUAUUAUUUCUUUGUUGGCAGUUGGCAGUAAAUUCGACAUAAUCAAUACCAGGAUUUCCUGUAUGAAAAAGGAGACGUAUUCCUUGAAGGAAAUUCUGGGAGCCUACAAAAUCCUGCAGAAAAUUAAGAAAUAAUUAAAAAAAAAAACAUCGUUAAAGUAUAAAAUUAAGAAUAGAAAUAAAAAAAUGGAUAAAAUUAUAAUUAAAAUUUUGAGAAUCUUACUGUUGCUUUUUACAAUAUCAAAUUCUGCUGAAUCAACUAUUCCAGUUGGUAUUUUGGAGAAUAUCUAUAAGUACUAUACAGGAUCUCCUCCGCUAUCAAGAGGACGUGUACACGAUGAACAAUCUAUAGCAAAGGAAUACGAUUUUAUAAUAAUCGGUGCUGGUUCGGGAGGUUCCGUUUUAGCUAAUAGAUUGACGGAAAUUACCGAAUGGCAGGUUCUCCUCAUAGAAGCUGGCAAAGACGAAAUAUUCUUAACGGACAUACCAUUGCUGGCCUCGACAAUGCAGAUUACUGCCUACAACUGGGGUUAUAAGACAGAGCCACGUGCCAAGAACGCAGAUGGAAAUGGCGGAUACUGCCUUUCGAUGACAGAUGGACGUUGCAAUUGGCCACGUGGAAAAGCAGUCGGUGGUACGUCCGUUAUCAAUUUUAUGAUGUACACCAGAGGAUCGAGAGCUGAUUAUGAUUCCUGGGAGGCCCAGGGUAAUCCUGGUUGGAGUUACAAGGACGUGCUUCCCUAUUUUUUGAAAUCUGAGAACAGUAAACUGGAAAAAUUUGAUAAAAGAUAUCACUCAACCAAUGGGUACCUGGACGUGACUUACUCUCCAUACGUAUCCAGAUUACGUGGACCAUUCCUGGAUGCUGCGAAAGAGAUGGGCUAUACUGUGAAUGAUUAUAAUGCUGAGAAAAUCCUUGGGUUCUCAGUGGCCCAGGCGAAUCUUCGUCAUGGUCGUCGGGUCAGCGCUUCAAAAGCUUUCCUGAAGCCAAUAAGAAAUCGUCCUAACUUUCACAUAUCCAAAUUCUCACGUGUCAUGAAAAUCGUUAUUGAUCCUGAUACCAAAACAGCUGUGGGUGUAGAAUUUGUCAAGGAUCGUCGUACAUACUUCGUCAAGGCUACCAAAGAGGUCCUGCUCUCGGCGGGUACGUUAAAUUCGCCACAACUUCUUAUGCUGUCUGGAAUUGGACCCAGGGAACACUUGGAGUCCUUGGGGAUCAGGGUUCUGGAAGAUCUACCAGUGGGAUUAAAUCUGCAAGAUCACGUCAGCAUGUCUGCUCUUACGUUUCUAGUCAAUGAUAGUAUCACUAUAGUGGAACCUAGACUUGCUUCGAAUCCUGCUAAUACAAUAGACUACUUUACAAAGGGUGCAGGACCCUUGACCGUGCCUGGCGGAGCAGAAGGAUUAGCUUUCAUAGAUACUAAAAGAGCGACACGUCAUAGAACAAGACGAAAAAAUUCCAAAUUUUCAUAUUUUCCAAAAUUUACUCAAGACAGAUCUUUCGAGAAUUAUUUCAACUCGAAUUUCAAUUCCAUAUCAAGUAGUACGAAAUUUUCGAAUUUUCCAUCACCACCGAACGCAACCUCAAUUACUGUUGAUUCAAGUUUCUCCAAAAUUCCUAAACCAACUGGUCCAUCUAUCGAGAAGGAUGAUCCUGACAUUGAACUUGUUCUGGGACUCGGUGCUAUGACUGGCGAUGCAUCGGGAAGUAUCAGGGGUCUACUGGGACUUUCUGAUGAAUUUUACAAGGAAGUCUUCGCUGCCUAUGAUGGAUUCGAUGCAUUCAGUAUUGUACCUAUACUUAUGCAUCCUAAAAGUAGGGGAAACGUCACUUUGAAAAGUUCCAAUCCAUUUCACUGGCCCGUACUCCAAGCUAAUUAUUACGACAACGAGGAAGACUUGAGAAUCAUGGUUCGUGGAAUCAGGAAGGCUAUAGAAUUGGCAUCAACAAAUUCUUUCAAAAGAUUCAAUUCGACCCUUCUACCAGUAAAAUUCCCAGGCUGCAAGGAUUUGCCAUUUGAUUCGGAUGCUUACUGGUCUUGUGUAUCACGUCACAUCAGUACGACCUUGGGUCACUUUAUCGGCACUUGUAAAAUGGCUACACGAGAAAAUGAUGGUGUAGUAGACAGCAGACUUAAAGUACAUGGAAUUAAGAGACUGAGAGUAGUGGAUGCGAGUAUCAUGCCGACAAUCAUAGCAGGACAUACAAACGCACCGACUAUCAUGAUUGGAGAAAAGGCGAGUGAUAUGAUUAAGGAGGAUUGGAGGGGCAUUACGUGAAUCUUGUUAUAAAAAUAAAAGGGGUCAAAGGUCAUGGUCAGCCACCAAGGUGAAAUUCUUCAAAACCUAAGCAGACAAUCACUGUAAUAGGACGCCAUAAUAUGUUCAGAGAUUCAUUUCGAAGGUUAAGAGAUGAUACCUAGAAUUUUGUAGAAUUCGAAAAGAUUUCAUAUUCCACGGUUUUGUUUUCCGUUGUAUCCAUUAACGAGUUGACUGUAUUUUUAGGCAUUUAAAAGUUGUACAAUACAAGUUAGCAUAUAUCAAAAUGACUUAUAUAUAUAAUUAAUAAGUAUUCAUACAUAUUUAAGAUCGUCUGUUAAGUAUUAUAUUUAUAAUUAGAUCUACCUUACCUUGUUACCUCGGUGUAUACGCAGUGU